ACAACAGGUAUCAGUUUGCAAAGCCUUGUCGAGGAUGAAGAUUUCAGUGAUUUUAGUAUUUCUCCUCUCUUGGAGUUUCGUCUCGUCUAAUCCGCAUCGACAGCCGUUAAAUGACAAAAGUGUGGGUGAAUUAAAUCAUGAAAAUGAUGGUGGAAGUGACAGUUCGAACCUCACGCGAAUGGAAUCGUCGGACGACGCGUCCAGUGGGAAAGACUGGGGAGGAGAUAACUCCUUCGGUCAAAUGGAUCUCGACAGCACCGACAAGACCGAUGAUGCGGAUGAACCAUUGGGCCAUGAACCAUUUCUCCUUACCUUGAUCUCUGAGAAAUCGAAGAUGGGAGCGAAGUUUGUAGAUGAAAUAGCCGGGGGAAUUAAAAAGAUGAUUGGAACUUCAAUCCUGAAUAAUGAGUCAUCCGAUAUUCCGUCAAACGGCGAAAACUUAUCGGAUGAUAACCAUAAUGAGAACAUUCUUCCGUGGACUCGAGAAAACACAAAAGCGCUCGGCGAGCUCUUCGCGGGUCAGAAUCGUGAGGGGUUCGUCGACGAGGCAACGGGGAGACACGGCAAUCGUGCCAAGAGAGACUCAGGGACUCAACUGUGGAGCAGUCCGCACAUAGACAGCAUAUCCGAACAACUGCUUAAAUUAAGCGAGGGAAGCACGAGCAACGUGCUAAGAUCCAAAAAGGCGACGGUCGCUGAGGCCUUAAAUGGCCACGCUAUUCGCAAGAUAUUGGAACGAGCGAAAGCGCAGGCGGCUAAAGUCGUGCCGCACAAGGACCUGUACAACACCAAUGGUUUCAGCAAGUGGCUUCUGUCCGGGUCACCGUUCGACAUGAAUAUCUUCCGCCACUUGCACCACCGACCGUCAGAGAACGCAAAAGUAAAAGAACGUCCCGACCCCGAUACAGAUGACGCGUUGCGUCAUCGCACGUCCUCGACACUGCAUAGUCACGUAUUUGAUGCGACAAAUCGCCGCCACCAGAACCGCCACCAUCUCCGGCAACGUGAAGGGAAACACAUAUUUAGUACAUUAUUCGAGCCCACAGCGGCUGACGCCGCGAGUACCGAAUACUCGUACGACAAGUUAUUGCAUAAAUCAAAACAUCGAGAGCGUCUAUCGCCUGAAUUGCAAAUUACUUCGGGAGAGGGGCGCGACGAGACAGCCGGGAUGUUCCGCAAACCUACCGCGGUAUCGCACCAGGCGCAUCGAUCGUUAUCCUAUGAGGAUGAUACCGCGGACGAUACCGGAUUGCAAUAUUAUUCACACGCGUAUGCACCGCACAUGCGCGUAACGGAAGACGAAGACGCGGGAAACGGCAUGCCAAGGUGGAAGCACGCCAAGUGGAUACACCGAUUCGGAGCGCGCGCCCCUCCCUCCGCGGAUUCACCUGACUCGGGGGAGGAGGUGGACGACCACGAGAGAAGACACAUACUUAGAAGCAUAUUUGAUGGAUUUGGAGACGAAGAGGAUGAUGAGGGAGCUCGCGCUGGACGUCGAGAGCGACACCGAGUCUCGGGAAUGGACAUCUACGGCAGAAUUAAUCGCGAUAGUCAGGCCGACGAGAAAACUAAAUUAAUCGAUUCGUAUGGGAAGACAAACUGGGAAGACAUACUCGGCCGUAAAUGGUAUUAUUAUGGUAUCGGGAACGGAGAACGUUCCGUUUACGACGGCGAGGCAGAUGCUGACGCCUCCGGCGACACAGAGAAUCGUCAUUUAGCGGAUUUUCUACUCGAGCGCAAGUCGUCGGUGGAUUCGCGUCGGGGGAGGAACAUGAGAAACAAAAAUAAGCAUCUCGAGCACGACGGAGUUGAACGUUCCGCUAUCUACUCCACAACAUCGGCAGAAGCAACGAGCGGAGCGGCGAGCGAACGGUCGAGUGAGGUGUUAACGACGAAAAUCUCCGCGGGCACACCCAAAGCCAUGGACGUCGAUGUAGAGCAUUAUCACUGGAGAGAUCGAAAUGUCGCCGCCAACAGCACGACGUCACUCCCGUCGAGCUUAUCCGGUGAAAAAGAGAGCAAGCGUACAAAUAACGCGCUCACGUCGCCAUUGGCCGAUGAUGGAUCGGCAAGGAGGGAAGCGGCCGAGAGCGGCGUUCCACGGAGGACUCAGCCCGCAAUUGAUAAUGAUGCAACGGCAGCGGAGAUGGGUUUCAGUGGAAUUAAAAGUCAGCCGUGGGCCAACUUGCCGUGGGCCCAUUCAUCCCGAGUGCGUUCAAAAACUCAUCUGGAAAAUCAGCGAGCUCAUCGCGGCGGAUAUGAACGCGCGGCUGUUGACGCAAUCGCGUCCACGGAAACAGAACACUCGAUGGACAGCGGCGGGGACGCACCACUGGGACGUGCAAAAACGCGAAAACAUUCGCCCGCCGGCGAAUACGGAAAUUACGCGGAUCACGACCUGGGAGAAAAUCAAGUGGUCAAUAGUGACGCGGAGUCAUCAGCAGAAGCCACGGUCGGAAGUGAGUAUGGAUACGACUUACUGGGAACCACCUGGUUAGACGACUCGCGCGAAAAGGAUUACGCAGGAAUCGAUUGGGAGCGCUUGGAUCUGCACGAUGAUCGCCGCCGGCAUGGGACGUCAGUGAUCAACUUCCCUGAUCGUAGCGACGAAGCGUACAUAUUAAUACCGGAAUUUCCGACUUACAAGUUUCGUAAGGGAUACUGGCCGUAUAACGUAAGUUAUUAUGGUCCCAAUAGCGAGGAAAUGCGCGACGACCAAGAAAUUGAGGUCGGAGAAUCUACCAGGAAUUGGAAAGAAGGUGAACUUAAUUAUGGUGGUUGGGAACAGGAGGGGGAAUUUUCUACUGGCCAUGAGGCGUCGAAAAAAUGGUCUAACGCACGUAGAUCCGACGGUCAACACAGUCAACAUAGCGAGUAUGGUCAGCGCAAUCGUUACACAUUUGAUCAAUUUCUACAUGAUAUGAUGUGGUCAUCGUCGAUCACGAAUAUAACCGAAUAUGAAACUUGGGAAAAGUACAUAGCGUAUCUCUAUUAUAUUUGGAUGCAAAAGUACGGCAAUUCGGACGCGUCAUUCGAAGCUCCAACGUUGGCCACCGAAGAAAGCGAGAAACAAGAUAACGCAGUGGAUGAGGAGAUAUCGUUGGAUAGACACGGGAGGAAACACACGACAAACGAGGAUAAUUACAUUCAUCUGAGAAAACAUAAGAAAUUGCCUCAACGCACAGGGGAGUUAAUGAUAAGGAACGUACCUGGCUUAAAGCAAGAUAAAAUUAAAUCAAUUACAAUCAAUAACGGAAAAACUUCGAACAAGGAUUAUGGAGAAGGGGAACUGAUAAGCGAAGAGAAUGUGGACAAUCAGAGAAAAAAUCAGGAGGCUCUUACGCGUACGGGAAAUAUAAUUCGUGAGGAUUCCAUGGUAGAUAUUAUGUCAAAAGCACGCAAAAGAAUAAUUGAUAACAAUAGCUAUCAUCAGCAGAGGUCAUGGAACUCGCUAGAGAACUCUCACACAGAUACUCGGAUAAAAACUGACAGUUACGAUUCUCACAGGAGAAACAAGAACGUUGACAUAAAUCAGACUGCGGAAACGACGGAGUCUACUGAUUCUGAAAAUGAUCCUCGACAUAUAUCGACGGAAACGUCCUCGACGUCUCGAUCGUAUGCGGAAUUGCAAAUGGACGAACAUGCCGUUGAUACAUUGAGUGAUCUCAGAAAAAUUGUGACUCGGACGCAAGCGGGUAAGAGAUAUAAAUCGGGUAAAGAGGAUGAAUAUCGAGACGAAACUGACUUCAGCGACAUAUCAGCAAUGUCCUCUGAAUCAAUUGAUGAAUCACAAAUCAAAAGAAUGCACCAUAUGAGGAAAAAAUCGAGAACUGAUCAGGAGAAUAGCGCGAGCAUGGAGACAUUAACAAAAGCGAUUUUAUUGAACGGUGCAACGGAUAAAUCUCAAUCUAACGUACAAGGCACAAUGAUUGCUUCUGAAUUAUCUGCAGAAUCGCAAAUUGAUUCUAAGAGUUCCUUGGAAAAUUUAGUCAGAAAACACAGUACGAGUGCAGAAACGUCAGCGAAUGCGAUCUCUGUGAAAGAUAGACAAGAAUCGGAGAACACGUCAUCAUUUUCUAAAUCGUCUGUACAAUCUGAAAUGGAGGAUUAUUCAAAUGAAAGUAUGAGAAACGUUCGAAUAAAUAACUCGGGAGCGCUGUCAGCAUCGUCUUCUAAAUCAUUCGCAAAAUCCAAGGCAAAAACCGAGCAAACAGGGAACAAGAGAAAUUCUAAAAAUAUUCAAGUGAAUGCCAGUGCAAAAGCAUCGUCGACAGCGACGCUUUCUAAUAAUGCACGAAACAAAUCGACAUUAUCUUCGAGGUCGUCCGCGGAGUCACGACUCGAAUCAGAUUACUAUUUGACUAAACAUAAAGACAAUCGAAUAAGCGCCAUCUCAAGAUCAUUAGCAGGUUCAACGUUGUCCGACACUGUGGUAGAUGAACGUCAAUCUCACUCACAGAGAUCCUCCUCUUCAUCUUCCUCCACGUCCUCGGAAGAAUUGCAAGCGGAAUCUCAGCAUGAUUCUAAUAGUAUUCAAAACAGUCAAAUGAAUGUCGCUACCGCAAAAUCAUUAGCGACAUCCGCAUCCUUGAGCAAUGCUAAAAGUGGACAUUGGUCUGAUUCAUCUUCUACGAAAUCAUCUUCUAAAUCAUGGGAAGAGGCACAGAAACAUAACUCGAAUAAUGUUAUUAAUAUACAGGAAAAUAAUAUUGAGAACCAAUCCGAAUUGGAAAGCGCGUCGAAAUCACAUGUGAGGUCAAUAUUGAAGGAUAAACGCUAUUUGAGCGUUAUAGAAGGCAACGAGAACAACAUUGUUAAUGCAGGCGCGAAAACAACGAGUUUCGCUGCUGCAAAAAAUGAUGAACGACAAGAGUCGGCAUCUUGUUCCUUUGCAGAAUCGCAAAUGGAAAAUAGAAACAGUAGAAAAGAGACUUCAAUAUCAAAUACGAUUUCUAGCAACGUCGUUAAUGACACGGAACAACGUAAUUUAUUGCGCACGCUGUCAUCAUCGCAAACUGCAAGCAAAGGCGUUUUAAGGGUUCAACAAGAAGAUCCACAAAUUAUCAGCAAAUCUGUGACAUUUGAAACGUCGACGGAAACAAAUGAUGACAAGAGCAGACGAGAAGACAAUGCGCUACAAGCAACAUGGUUUGUCGAUCCGAAAAACAAUUUAGCAACGUCUACAAAUAUAGAAGUUGCUGAAAAAGCAGAAGCUGCGAGAGAAAAUUCGAAUAUUGCGUCAAAUGCAGCGGCAUCAGCAACAGUAAUAACCUCCACUGAUAUUCGGAAUGCGCAAAAUUCGAAAACAAUGUCCUCAUCGGUCCACUCGAAAGCAGAAACGAAAAUACAUAGCAAAAAUCAAUUGAAAGAAAACGAUUCGAUAAACCGAAAUUGGGCUAUAUCAAGAAUAUCUGCAAUGUCAGGAAAAUCAAAUGAAGUCGGUGAUAACGAUAAAAACAAAUUGCUGAAGGAAUCCUCUCUGUCCGAAUCGCACAGCGCUUUGGCAGAGGAAAAUAGGCGUGUUAUGGACACUACGCAAAACAGUCAGGAGUCAAUGGCCGCGGCUAAAGCGGAAUCCACAGUUUCGAGUAACGAUGUACGAUCGCGAAGUGAAUCGGCGGAAGAAUCGACGUUAUUUGCAUUUUCCGAAGAAGCGCGGCGGAAACAAAAGAAUCGCAAUGUCCGCCGCGGAAAAUCUGAUAGCAUUGCGAGCGAAGCAACACUGAUCACAACAUCUAAUGAUGUUAACAAUGAGCAUCGAGGCAGCGCAUUGCAAGACGAGUCGUCGGUUGUCUCGUACAAAGAAGUACAAACAGACGACAAGUUGGGAAAUAAAAACGGAGCAAAUGAUCUCGUAGAAGUGGCGGAACAAUCUGUUCGGAACAAUAAACGUAAAAUGAAUGUGAAACAUGUCUCGUCGCAUGAUUAUCGCGACGGAGAGCACGUGGAGAGCGUAAUAAAUUCCAGAGGUGAUAUGAAAUACUCGAAGCGUAUGGAUAACAUAAACGAAAUGAUGUCAACCGGAUCGGUAACCUCUACCGUCUCCAGUAACGCGAACCGAAAUAAUAUACUGAAAGUUACAUCGUCGGAUAAUUUACACGCGGAAUCGCUGCGAGAAGAUGAGGAUAAAUCGAAUAUUCAUUCAGGUGCUGACGAAGCUGCUGCUAGUACUGAAAUUACAUCGUAUGAUGACAAACAAGCGCGCGGGAACAUUUUACGGAAAUUAAUAUUUCUAAGUAAUCCCAGUGACGAGGCGCAAAUGAUGCACGGAGGCAAUUAUGAGAUUACGAAGAAAUUACCAACUGCCAACGGCAACAAAGAGCUUCAUUGGGAUAAUUUGCGGGAAAUGUUGCCGUCUGAUGGAUCACAAAUAAAUUGGAAUGUCGAAAGCACUGCAGAUACAAGCGAAAGUAUAAAAGAUGAUCCAUCCACAUCAACGGACAUGGCUGAUGUCAACUUUAAAGGCGAUUCCCAAGAUGAUCCAAACGUGAUGUCCACUAACGUUAACAUUCAAGACGAAAAUCAAGUAGAAUCAACGUCAUCGACUGAUACAAGAGCUCAGUCAGAGGUUGAUCAGAAGUCGAGUGUCUCGUGGGAGAAUAAAAUAAUCGAUGAAGCUCGCGAUAUGUAUGAUAUUAAUAUGUGGCGCACAAAGUGUCAAGCAACAGCGUCGUCGUCUUCUUGCGCGGAAACGCAGGAUAAAUUUGCAGAUAUGCUGAAGACGAAAGCAUCGACGGAAUCGAUGAGCAGCCAAAUUGACGACAUUUCACACGAAAGUGGCUCGACCCGCGAACAAUCUUCGUCUAUUUCGUCGGGUUUUCACAAUUAUGGCGAUUAUCAAAGAGCAGACAUGGCAGACGUUACAGAAGCAAGGACAUCAGCAGAAACAUCAAUUUCCAGUGUAUCUUCGAUCGAACGUCAGGAUGAACAGAAGGAGACAUCCGCAAUAUCACAACUGAAGCGACACGAUUUUAACGCUCGCAAUAGAGACAAGGAGAUCACUUCGAAUGUACUGCAGUCGGCGGAAGAAACCGAGUUCAACGGGAUGCAAAAUGCGCAACAACGAAAGUUGUCGGGAUCCAUAACGUCAUCUGGCACGCGCACAGGAGUGCGGCAUGAGGAGAUCGCGAAAGAAGGUUUGGAAGUUACCGCAAGUGCCGCGACAUCGGCGCAAACAAUGUCUUCCGAGGCGGUCGAGAGCGAGUCUCGGGAAAAAUUAAUAGGAGCCUCGUCGGAAUCCGACAAAAAAUCACGAAACACGAGAAAACAUAGUUUCAACGCGGUAUCGCGGCAAGAGCAAAUAAUUGCGAACGCGAAAGCGGAUUCUGCGGCUUCCAAUAACCUUGAGGGCGUGCGACAAAGCAACUGGAUAAAGAAGGAUUCAUUAGCCGAUUCUAGUCGCGAUAUGCAGUGCGCGAAAAUAGAGAACAUACUGGAAAGUAACCUUGCAAAUAUCGCAGACUUCGCGACUUCGUCGACGAAAGAAACGGGCUACGGCGCUAUUGAGGACGAACGUCAAAGUGGCGUAACAACGACUGCAUCGUUAUUUAAUUCACGCGCAGAAGCACAGCAGCAGCGCGAUUGCAAUUCGAGCGUUCGACAAGAAUCGACAGAGACGUCUUCCAGCGACACGCAGAACCGAGUCCUGAAAACCGAAAGUAUCGUCAACAGCAUGGAAGAAAAUUUAAACUCUGUUGCGAACGCAGUGACACUCGCCGAUGCAAUAUCUUUGAGUGGCGUUCAGGAUUCGUGGAAGACAUUAUCGUCCGCCAAUUCGUACGCUGAAUCGCGCAUGGACAACACGCGUACGCAAACAAUGGCGUCCAAUAAAUUGAGGAACGUGGAAAUAGAUAAGUCGCUUCAAACGACAUCGUCGUCCGACGCAAACGCACGAGCGACAGGUGAAAAUACCAAUGAUAUAUGGAAAGAUUCGAGUGCUGUUGCAAAUGCGAGAACGGAAGUGGCAGCUUGCACUAAUACAAAGGACACGGAUCCGUCACACGGCCCGUUUGAUUUACUGAAUGCAGCAGGGAACAGUCAAGAGACUGCGAACGUAGAGGUGUCGGCGACGUCAUCGGUAUCAGCUUCCGUUGAUGCUCGAGGAAAGCAUAUGGAUAACUUUGUGAGAGAGGAAUCGAACGACGAUACCCAGAUUCAAGAGAUGACUGAAACUGGAAACGAUGACAGCACACUGCAAAUAGAUCAGCGUAAUAAUGGAAACGCCGAAGCAUCGGCGCAAGCAGCAAGCUUCAGCGAUGUUAAAGGCGAACUUCAAGAAAGAGACGAAUCGAGAGUUCUUCAAAAGCAGCGUUUCAUUGCCGCGGACUCAACGGCGUCAUCUGUCUUGAAGACUUUCGAUCGAGCAGAUAGCAUCCAGGAAAAUAAUCUCGAAGAAUCGAUCGCGACGUCAUCAAGUGAUGCCUACGAGAGGUCCAAUGUGGAAAAUAAAAGUCGCGUCUUGGCGAAGGAGCGCACGAUGGAUGUCCUCGGUGCGAGUACGUCAACGCAAACGACAGUUUCCAGUGAAGUCGGGUGCGCGGAGGGAGAUGAAUUGCUUCAAACGACGUUGUCAUCCGACACCUAUGCAAAUGCCCAAGCGACAGAUACCAACGGUGCAGGAGAAGACUUGAGUGCUGUUGCAAACGCGAGAACGGAAACGACAACUUCCAACGGCACAAAGAGGACGGAUCCACACAACCUGUUCGAUUUACUGACCGGAGCAGUCACGGGAGCACGAACAGAAGAAUCGAUUUCUCGGAGAGGUACAAUUAAAGAGGAUCUUUCGAGAACAUCGUCGAACGUGCUCGCGGGAGUUGAAGGCGGGAGCACGGGAAGCGGUAACUCCGCAACCGUAGACACGAUUGCCGAAACGGGAAGCGGCGAUCGGCGUAAUCAGCAAGGAGAUUGGCGCGGAACGGCAUCCUGGUUCGGAGGCAUUCGAGACGGCCAACUUGACGUAAUGAAAUCAACGUCAUCGGCGAAUUCUUACGCAGCAGCGCAAACCACGAGCGAAGGAAGUAUCGUCGAGGAAGAUCCGGGGGUCAACACGUUGAUGUUAGAAGCCGCGGAAGCACACAACCAGGUCAAAGGAGAAGUUGAUCCGAGUGGCUGGCUGGUUACAACGUCAGACGCUGCUGCCGUUGCGGAAGGACGCGCACAAAAUAAGGAUGAGCUUGAUGUUUUGAGAGAAGUUGGGGAAGUUGCUAUUUAUGCGGCAGCGUCGACAGGAACAGCGGACGCCGGCAGUAUCGGAAGUGAGCAACGUGAUUCUCGCACGGAGGAAGCAGCCGAGUGUCGAGAUGGCACAAAUGCUGCGACAAAAAUCCGACACACCGCCGUGUCAGGUGCUUCGGCCGCGACAAUGACGUCGAUGGAAAUGGAGAAUAAAAGCAGAAGCGUCUCCAGUAACCAAAUGACGUCGUCAUCGUCCAGCGAGGCGAUUGCGGAAGCACGAAUAAGAACCGGGGGAAGGAGCAGUGUUUCGCGCAAUUUCAAGUUCCCCGUCAAUAUCAAGCGAACGCGAAGUUCAACGACUGCAUCUGCAGCGUCACCUGUAUCUGCGUUCACCUUUGACAAUUUAGGUAUGAAUCAUCGCGCAAGAUAUCGUCAGAGCUGGAGUGGAAUGCCAGCGAGCGCCCCAACAUCGAAGGAGAUACGCCGUUCUUCAGGAGAGACCACGAUUUUGUACCCUUCGCGUGAAAUUAGUAAAUGCGAUGAGAACGUCGAGACUAGAGAAUUCAUUAGCGAGGCGACCAGCUUGUAUCAGAUGUUGGACAAACAACAAGGAAGUGAAAUCCUACUAAUGAAGAAGAAUCCCAGAGGACCUGUGCAAAUAGCAAACUUCAAGAACAAUGUGUCUCCGCUUAUAAGGUAUCGAUUAAUUCCACGAGAGGUAUACGAGAGAAUACGAGCAAUAAUCGCGCGCAAGCAAAUUUUUUGCACCAAUUGCGCGCUCUCUCGAGCACUUAAAACGCGAGCAAUUGCAUAAUUAUAUCCUACGUACAAUACAUUAUUUGUCGAUUGGCGUAAACUAAUCCAACGGGAGAUUCUAUCUCUCAGUAGAACUUCUGCAAAAAGCUUUUCGUUAUGCUUGAAUACGUCAUAUGUAUUAUAAAUUGAGCGACAUGCUGUAUCGAAAAUAUAAACAUCGCGUCGUGAAAUCAGCAAUUGAAUCAUUCAUUAGAGAUAUUACGGAAGGUAGCUCUGAUAUAUGGAGAGACCGUGCAUUGUCAUUGAUAUUUACCAUCAGUCAGCUAUUUAAUACGACUGUCAUUGUUUGUAUAUCGCAUUGUAAAUAAACAUCCACCGGAUA